UUUUACUACAGGGCACGUAGUAAUCGCUGGCGUAUCGAAAAUCGCAGCAAGCCGUCAAUUUGUAGACGUCAAGCGAAGCGUCAUUUUUCGCUCGUGCGCAGUUCUGGCUUCGGCGCUUUGAGGUGACUUUUCGAGACCUUACCGAUCGGAAGGCAUGAACCACCAACAACUGCUGCAACAGCAGCACCACCAGCAACAGCAGCGACGACGCCAAUCGCUACUCACCAAAAGUGUCCAGGAGGAAUAUCUGAUCAAUCAGGUUAAACUGCAUCCGGUACUGUAUGAUAAAUCGUUGAAGGCAUAUCGUAAACCAGGUGCAACGGAUAAUGCAUGGGUGGACAUUGCCGAUGCACUCGGCGUGAGAGUGGAAGAUUGUAAAAAGAGAUGGAAAAGCCUACGGGACACCUUUAUCAAGUACUUCCGACAGGAAAUUCUGGCGGCAACUAUACCAAACAUGAAACGAAAGAAAUGGGUCUAUUUCGAACAGAUGAGCUUUCUGCGCGGGCACGUUGAGCUCUAUGGAAUUUCCGAAACCGACUCGGCCAGUGAUAAGGAAACAAUCGUGCCGGAGUCCUCGCGUAUCAUCGGCUACCAGGAAUACGUGACCGCUGAUCAGUCUGAUUAUCUCACGUGUGACGAAGGGGUUGAAGAGCAGUACGACGAUGGAAACACUGAAUACAUCUACGAAGAGGUCGAAGAAGCUUCAGCUACGGCAUACGCGAUCGCAACGAAGGCAAGUCCGUUGGAAGAGAACAUGAGCGGUGGUGAUCAGGAGGCGAUGUCAACCACCAUAAUUGAUGAGCGGCAAGAGUUGGAACUGAGUCAAGAGGAGGAAGAAGAGAUUACGGAUGCCGUGACGGUUCCAUUGGUGGAUCCAUCAGAGAAAGUAACAGAGAUCGCUUGUCAAACGGCGGUAUCCAUUACCGAUCCGGAUGAGAGGUUUCUGCUGAGUUGUGCGCCAGUCUUCAAAAGGUUGUCCACUCAGAAGAAUGCUUUGUUGAAGCUGAAAAUUCAGCAACUUCUGUAUGAAGUUGAGUUUGGUGAUGUGGGAGGCGACAACAAAGGGCUCAGAAUGUGAUGAAGUGAUUUCUAGUCAAGUGGAAUGAAUGAUGUAGAUGUAUUUAUUUUAGUAAUAAGAACUGUGUAAAUAAAUGGACCUUAUUAAUAUUAA